GCUCUCUACAUCGGUGUAAAUUAAAAUAAAAGCACGACCACGAUUCAGUUAGAACGACCGCGUUUAAAUAUCGACAGGCCAGUUGACAGAAAGUUGCAGAGAAUCGAAUCGGAGAGAGAGAGAGAGAUGGAAGGGCUAAGUGAAGAAGAAAGGAAAGCUUUGAGAGGCAGCAAGUUCGCUCCUCUUCCUCCUCCUUCUUCUUCCCGUUCUCGACAACCCAAGUUGGCUCAUCCCGGUGGACCAUUAAAGACAAAUAAGGCAGCAGCACUUGCUAAGUUUCUUGAAAGAAAACUUCAAGACCCAAAUGGGUUAUCCUCCAUUGAUCCUGAUCUUGUUGAAUUAGCCGUCCAAAACGCCAAACAUUCUGUCUCUUCCAGUGGCACCUCAAAGUCUGGAACAAUUAUUCAUCAUGUUACUUCAUUUGGUGACUCUGAGCCUGAGGAUUCUGCUGAAGAAGGGAAAGUGGAGAAUUUUUCGCUCAAGAAUAAGAAGAAGAAGAAGAAGAACAAAAAGCACAAGAAAAACAAAAAACAAAAGUUAGCUCAUGAUAGUGAAGAUGUAAAGUUGAAGAAACCCACAAAAAAGCUGAAAUUAUGAUCAAUAAUUGUAUUAAGCUAAUGGUGUUGCUGCAAUUGGGGAUCGUCUCAGCACAGAAAGAUACAAUAUAGUCUAUCAAUUGAAAAGAGACAAUUUUGGUUGCCAUCAGACCUGCAAAGAUGUGGUCCGGAUUUUUCCUGUGCCACCACCUUACAGACUAACUAAACUUCUUGCCCGUUCCCCAGUUUUUUUUAAGGAAAAUCCUGAUUACCUUACAGACUUGCUAAACUUCUUGCCCAUUCCCCCUGAUUUUCAAUUUCAUGUCAAUCUGUAGCUCAAGGUGGAAGUUGUACCCGAUAUUGUGAUUCUUUUAGAUCCUUUCCAAGAUAGUUGUUUUUCUUCCAUUUGUUAAAUUGUUGGUAAUGAGCCAAUUUAUUAACUAGUAAAGAUGAUGAAUUUACAUGCUUUA